AUGGAGGUCAUGUCCAACUCUACAGUGUUUACUCUGUCUGGGAUCAACGCCAGCAGGGAGAGCAGAUACGUUUUCUUCUGCAUAGCGUUUCUUUACUACCUUGUCAUCAUCGCUGUAAACGUGAUAAUAAUUGUCACAGUCGCCUUGAGGAAGCCGCUCCACGAGCCCAUGUACGUGUUUCUCUGUAACCUCUGUCUCAACGGACUGUAUGGGACGUCAGGGUUCUACCCCAAGUUCCUGUAUGAUCUGCUCUCUGACGUCCAAGAAAUCUCACGGUCAGGAUGCUUCGUUCAGUUGUUUGUGAUUUACUCUGCUGUCCUGUGUGACUUUUCCACGUUAACAGUGAUGUCUUAUGACAGGUCUGUGGCCAUAUGCAGGCCGUUGGAGUAUCACACAGUCAUGACAGGGGGGACCGUCUUUAAACUGACGGCAUUUUCAUGGUUUCUUCCUAUUUUUAUUAUGUUUGUUAUAAUUGUCCUGAGCUCCAGUAUGACUCUGUGUGGAUCACACAUUGAGAAGCUCUACUGUGAAAACUGGGCUAUUGUUAAAAUGUCUUGCACUUCAAAUGUAGCAAAUAAUGUUUUAGGGUAUUUGGUAAUUGUUACAUAUUUCGGUCACGUGUUGUUCAUUUUUAUUUCUUAUGUGAAACUGAUCAAAACCAGCUUGAAGUCAAUAGAGAACCGCAGUAAAUUCAUUCAGACGUGUACUCCACAUUUUCUGUCGUUAAUUAAUGUGACAGUGGCCUCGUUGUUUGACAUGAUGUACAGCCGUUACGGAUCCAGAGAUUUUCCACAGGGCUUACGCCACUUCCUGGCGUUAGAGUUCCUAAUUGUACCUCCUCUCCUCAAUCCCCUCAUAUACGGCCUGAAAUUAAGUAAGGUCCGAAAUGAGGUGUUGAGGUAUAUGAAACAUAACGACGUGAAAUAG